GAGAGUUUUGCUGCCAAAAAACGCAAUCUACGAGAGAGAGUGUUUAAGAAAACAAUCGAAAAGAUCGAAGAAGAACAACAAGAAGAAAGAGAGAGACAACAUGGCGGCUACUGUAUCUGCUUGGUCCAAACCAGGUGCAUGGGCACUUGAUUCCGAAGAACACGAAGCUGAACUUCUUCAACAACACACCACCAACAACGUUGUUGAAACCAAACCACUUGCGGAAUUCCCUUCCCUCGCUGUCGCCGCCGCAACAAAACCUAAAAAGAAGAAAGCACAGACCCUAAGUUUGGCUGAGUUCACUGCUAAACCUGUUUCUUCUUAUACAGCUCAAGAUCCGGUUGAUCUUCCCACCGGUCCACGUCAGCGAACCGCUGAGGAACUUGAACGGGACCGGACUAAGAUUGGUGGUGGGUUUAGAUCUUACGGUGAUAGGGACAGGACAAGGAGUGAUGAGAGUUCUGUUUCGAGAUGGGGUUCUGGUUCGGGUUCUAGGGUUUCUGAGGAUGGGAGAAGGAAUGGUAGGGAUAGAGAUUCGAGUCGGGAUUCGGGGCCGUCGAGGGCUGAUGAAAUUGAUAAUUGGGCUGCUGGGAAGAAGGCUGUUGUUGGGAAUGGGUUUGAGAGAAGGGAGAGAGGUGGAGGUGGAGGUGGGUUUUUUGAUUCUCAGUCGCGGGCUGAUGGAUCAGAUAGUUGGGUUUCGGGUAAGGUGCCAUCGGAGGGACGGAGAUUUGGUUCCGGUGGUGGUGUUGGUGGUGGUGGGUUUGAUAGGGAGAGGAAAGUAGGGUUUGGUGUUAGUGGUGGUGCGGAUUCCGAUAAUUGGAAUAAGAAGAAAGGUGAAUUCAGUGUUGGAAGUGAGAGAAACGAGAAUGUUGGUAACGGCAGUGGUGGUGGUGGAAGGCCUAGGCUUGUUUUGCAACCAAGAACAGCGCCGGUGAGUAAUGAAAAUCAGGAUGCUGUUGCUACUAAUACUAAUGGUGGUGUUGUUUCUGGGAAUGUAGCAAAGCCUAAGGGUGCAAAUCCGUUUGGUGAGGCAAGGCCAAGGGAGCAGGUUUUGGCUGAGAAAGGUCAGGAUUGGAAGAAGAUUGAUGAGCAGCUUGAGACCAUGAAGAUUAAGGAGACUGCAGUGGUUGAAGGAUUUGGAAAGAGGGGUUUUGGUUCUGGAAAUGGGCGCGGUGAAGAUCGAUCUGAGAGGAGUUGGAGGAAAUCUUCACCAUCUGAUGAUGGUCGUUCUGAAAGUGCUGAGAAAGUGGAGGAGGAACACGUCGAAGAAAACUAAAGAGCUAUCAAUUACUUUUAUCCCUACAGAUAGAUUGACAAGGGAGUUGGAACGAAACAUUGAAUAUCUGAAACUUAUUUUUUUGUUACCCAUUGAAGUUUUGUUUUUACUUACAUGUUCUUUAUUGUGAGACACGACUAAAACUGGUAAAAGACAUUUUUGAUAGGUAUGUUGGUAGCUUAGGCAGUUUCAGUAUUUAUGGCUAUGUUUGUAGCUGAAUGUUACCGUAAUCGGUUAAAAUUUCAUCAACUCAUUUUCUGUAUAACAGUAUAAGCAUAGCGGCGAACUGCUGGUUUUGGUAUUCAUGUGGUUUUCUGCUUCCCUGUCUA